UCUGAUUGCGUAUUGUGAACUCCACGUGUUUGGGAACCGCUGUUAGCCAGUAGAGGAGUGUAUAUAGUUGCAGAGAGGAUACCACUGUUGAGUUGUUUAUUGAGGUUAAGGUAUUCUUACCUGAUCAGUGGUUUCAAGCUAGCUUUACCUACGUAACGGCAUUGCACCAGCAAGAACGAUGAUGGGAAUUCUUCCCAUGUCUGGAUCUAAGCGCGGCUCGGAGGAGCUGCUCGCUCCAGCCGGCGCGGUACCGACCAACGGUGCCAUGACGCUCGCCGACAACAACAACGACGCCAAAAAGGUGAAGCUGGACAGCAAGCCGAGCCGGGUGGUUCACAUCCGCAACAUCCCGACCGAUGUCAGCGAGACGGAGGUCAUCCACCUGGGCAUCCCCUUCGGCAAGGUCACCAAUGUGCUCGUGCUCAAGGGCAAGAACCAGGCGUUCCUGGAGAUGGCGGACGAGGUGGCCGCCUCCCAGAUGGUGGCCUACUUCGCCAACGGCACCGCGCAGCUGCGCGGCCGCUCCGUCUACGUCCAGUUCUCCAACCACAAGGAGCUCAAGACGGACCAGACGCACUCCAACGCCAACGCCUCGGCUCAGGCGGCGCUACAGGCCGCCCAGUCCAUGUCGGGCGGCGACACACAGGGCGGCCCCAACACCGUGCUGCGCGUCAUCAUCGAGCACAUGGUCUACCCGGUCACCCUGGACGUGCUAGAGCAGAUCUUCUCCCGGGUGGGCAAGGUGCUGAAGAUUGUCACCUUCACCAAGAACAACUCGUUCCAAGCGCUGAUCCAGUACCCGGACGUCGUCACCGCCCAGGCGGCGAAGCUGCAACUGGACGGCCAGAACAUCUACAACUCGUGCUGUACGCUGCGCAUCGAGUACUCGAAGCUCACCAGCCUGAACGUCAAGUACAACAACGAUAAGUCUCGCGACUACACCAACCCCAGCCUGCCCACAGGUGACCCCUCGCUCGAUUCUGCCUUUAUGCUGGGAGGCGGCUCUCCGGGGAUGCUGUCGCCGUUCGGACUGCACGGCCUGGCUCCGUCUCUGGCCGGCUUCCCCGGCAUGGGUGGCAUGGCGGGCAUGGCCGGCAUGGGAGUGCCGUUCGGAGGUAUGAUGCCGGGCGGCCUGGCCGGCGCCGCCAUGGGCGUGGGCCGACUGCCCGGUCACCACAUGACCGGCUGUGUGCUGCUCGUCUCCAACCUGGACGAGGAGAUGGCCUCCCCUGAAGCUCUCUUCACUCUCUUCGGCGUUUACGGCGACGUGCACCGGGUGAAGAUCCUCUUCAACAAGAAGGACAACGCCCUGGUACAAAUGGCGGAGCCGCACCAAGCCAGCCUGGCGCUGACCCACCUGGACAAGGUGAAGGUCUGGGGCAAGCAGAUCCGCGUGAUGCCCAGCAAGCACCAGGUGGUGCAGAUGCCCAAGGACGGGCAGCCGGACGCCGGCCUUACCAAGGACUUCAGCAACUCGUCGCUGCACCGCUUCAAGAAGCCGGGCAGCAAGAACUACCAGAACAUCUACCCGGCGUCAGCCACGCUGCAUCUCUCCAACAUCCCGCCGCACGUGACCGAGCAGGAGAUCCGCGAGGCGUUCGAGCUGUCGGGCUUCGCCGUCAAGGCCUUCAAGUUCUUCCCGAAACGGGACAACCAGGAGGGCGAUAACGGCCAGCGUCGGGACCACCGCAUGGCGCUGGUGCAGCUGAACGGCGUGGAAGAGGCUGUCAUGGCCCUUAUCAAAAUGCACAACUACCAGCUCAGUGACGCCAACCACCUCAGGGUCUCCUUCUCCAAGUCUACGAUCUAGACUAUUCAGCCCAUGCAUCCAGCCGUCACAGCAGAGCCGCCGCCGCCGCCGCCGGUGGCGGCCCGGGCCGACGGUAGCGCCGCCGGGCGGUCGGCCGAGGAGGCUCCGCUUACGUCGCCGGCCACCCCGCGUCGCGUCGCAGAGAGAACUCCGUCUCCGCGCGGUACUGUGCGGAGACUAUUUUUGCAUUUGCUUACAUUAGGUAGUGUAUAGUUGAGUUUUGCAUGCCCGGGGGCACUUGGAGUUUCCCGCGCAGGUAAAUUAGAGGCAUCUGACGGUGUUAUUAACUGUCGACGCGUCGACCUGAAGUGCGUGGGGCCAGCGACAGAGACGGCGGCGGACGGCAUGGACUGGCGGGAAGCCGGCGGACAGGCGAGUUCGGUGCGCCGGGCGCGGCGUGGUGUAGACAGAUGCCAACGACCGAGGUAGCGGCGAAAGACGCGCGUGCGCGCGAGGUAGUUGUACCAUUCCUGUAACAGCGAACAAAAUUUUUUGAAGGCAUUGUAUUGUUAAUUUAUUGGUGUGGUGUCCGUGUUGAGGCCAGUGGAGCGGGCGGCGCGUUCUGCCCUGCGGCCGCGAGCGAGCGAGCGAGCGAGAGAGAGAGAGAACUACAAGGGAACAAUUCAGCCGGGGGGCGGCCGGACGUCGCUGGGGCGACGGCGCUCCCGCAAACAGUAUUGUGACAGCUUUAAGGCCCGUCUGUCAAAUUAGUUUGGGCUGUGACAAUCCUCUAAAUCCGGCAGCAAAACCGCUCCAUCCGCCCGCUCGGAUAGUUGGCCGUCCGGCCGCCGGGUGGCGCUCGCGUCGCCGCGGCGGCCAGGCGUGAACAUAUCACUCAGACCUGACUAUUUUUGUACCAUCUCGGUGCCUUUGGGCUAGACGAGCACGGCUAGAGCGGGAUCGGCUUUGUCUUUUCAAGUUCCCCUUGUUCUCUUGAACCCUGUGCAUAAAUAUACAUAGCUGUCUCCUUUAGAUUUCGUCGUAGUUCUCUUUGUGUCUUCGGAUUUUUUACUCGUAGUGUUUGUCUAGUGCGCCGAUCAACAACCCGAAGCAGGCGUGUUCCUUUCGGCCAUUUGUAUUGAAUUUGUAUUGCAUUGUAUGGUGUGCGUUGUAGUUGAGCGCGAGCGACGCAGCUGUUCAUGUUGUCGAGGGAGUCUCAGAGAGGCGGCCUCGGGCGGUGCCGUCAUGGCCACCGAUGACGUCACAAGCGCUGUGUGUGCGCGUGGUGCGGGCGCGGGCGCGCGCGCGCGUGUGUGUGUGCCCGCGGAGGCGUGCGGACCGUGCCAGCCGGUACGAUUGGGCUUACUUAACGCUGAGUCCCGUGCCUUCGGCCGCCAGGCCGACUCGAGCCCGCUGCGCCGUCGCGCUGGCAGCUCCCAUCCGUUGUUGAACACGCACCGGGCUCGAAUCAGUGAGAGCCAUUUUUGUAAUAAAACCCGUAAACGGCCGAGGUGGGCCCGCAUCUCGAUGUCUCCCGGCCGCCCCUCCUGCGGCCAGCUGUCGCCUCCCUGUGCCCGGCCUCUCUCCGCCGUCUGCGUUUGUCUGUGUACCUUGCGCCUCCUGCUGACACUGUGUAUUAUUCCGGUAAUUAAACCUCCUCGACGUUGA